CUUGACAUAUUUAAUGAUGAAUAAUCAAAGGGUCGGUUCUCAUUUCAUAACCGUUGAAAAAAAUAUUCCUCUGAGGCUCUGACACAAACAAACAAAAGACUUUCCCGAAUAGAAAAUUAAAAAGGAAAAAAGAAAAAGGAAAAAAAUAAGAAAAGGAAAAGAAUCGAAAAGAAUGGGGUAGCUGCGAGGAGUAAGGAGCAUUUGCAGGAGACAUGGACCCUACAAACAAUACGAUUAAUCAGCAGCACCUGCCUCACUCAGAUCAUCAAACAACGUUAACGAACCAUGAUUUUGUCUUUUAUAAUAACUGCUCAAAACGAAACUCACUCUCUCUUGUAUUUACACAACAACAACUUUGUUCUCCCAAACACACCACUUAACAAGGUUUGAUUUCUUCUUAUUAACUCUGAAAACAUUCUUUUUGAAACACAGGUUUCGAUUCUGUUUUGUUUUGGAAAAUUCAAGCAAUUGGAAGGAAUAAGUGAUUGCUUCAAGUUCAACAUUUAAUAAUCAAGUGUAGGGUGGUAGAAAGAAAUCAUCCACCAUGUCUGAGAGUGAUAUAAUAGCCAUGAAGGAGACGCUUCGCGCGCAACAGCAACUUCUGCAGAAGCUAUACGCGGAGUUGGAUCAAGAAAGAGAAGCCUCAUCAACUGCAGCUAGUGAAGCAAUGGACAUGAUAGUGCGUCUACAAGGUGAAAAGGCCGCAGUGAAGAUGGAGGCAAGUCACUACAAGAGAAUGGCUGAGGAGAAGAUAGGUCAUGCUGAGGCAUCCCUUGAGGUUUUUGAAGAGCUUAUGUAUCAAAAAGAAAUGGAAAUUGCUUCUCUUGAAUUUCAAGUCUUGGCUUAUAAACAUAAACUUCUAACACUAGGAGCUGAUUUCAAUGCUGCUGAGUUUGAAUUCCCUGAAGAUAUUUUCUUGAAUAGAGUGGAUCAACAUAAUGGAGAAAAUGGUCAAAUUAGUAAUGUAAGAAGGCUCAAUUCAUUGCCACCUAUUCAGUUUAAGACUACUUUGAGAGCUAACAACAGAAAGAGAGAUAGAUCACCUACUCCAAUUCCAGUUUCAGAAGUGAUUCCUAAUAAUACACUUGAAGGUAGGGACCAAGAAGUCAUUUCACCAAGCAUGGAUUUGCCAAUAAAGCAUGUGGAUUUUGCACAAGGAACACUUGACUCAUAUUGGAACCAGAUUCAAAGAUUAGAUGAAAAAGUGAAUGUGAUUUCAGAUUGUAAAGAAUCAGCAGUUGAAAAAUGUGCCAACUUGAGGAGUAGAAGAGGGAGAUCAUGUUCAAUAUUUUCACAAGCAAGCAAUAAGAUAGCUUUUGAUCAAAAAUUUAGAGUAGCCUCUAUUAAUGCAGAUAAAGCAAAUCAAUUUGGAGAUGUGGAACACGAUACAACAGAAGCAGUUUCUAGUCCUUCUUGUUCGGUUAAUGUGCACGAUGUUUUCGAAGUUCCGCAGACAAGCGAAAAGCGUGAAGUAAUUGAACAUGGGAAAAGAAGACUUGAGAAAUGGAUUUCAGAUGUAGAUUACAGGUUGACAAAACCAGACACAAUGUGUGAUGAAAUCAUAGAGUCACAAGUUAAACAUGAUAUGGAUAAGGUAAAGAGCAUGAUGCAUAGCACACAUCAUGAAACCAAAAAAUCAAAUAAUAAAGAUAUGAAGACUAUUGGGGAUUGCAAUGCUCAAGCUGAGUUUCAUAGGUUGCAUCAGAGAAUUGAUAGGCUUGAAAGGGAGAGGGUUAGUGUAAGACAAGAGAUUAAGAAUGAAGGAGAUGGUGAAGAGCAUUUGAGGUUGUUGAAGGACAUACAAAGUCAACUCAAUUCAAUACAGUUAGAGAUGAGAAACUGUAAAACAAAAAAAACAUCACCUAAGAAGGAGGAAAUUUCUUUGGGACCUCUUCAAGAGGCAAUGCUAUACUUUUGGAUUUGAUCAAAUGAUUACAGAAUGACCAUCUCAGACAACCAAUCAACUCAGAGCAUUAUUUAGUGUACAUAUAUUAUACUUUGUUUUCAAAGAGGAUUGUGUUUGGUAUAGGCAGAUAAAAAUAGAUCUUAUAAGAUGAAUUUUAGUUACUUAAGAGUGUAUAUCUUUUCAUAUUUCCUUUAAGAAAUUCAUUGCAUCAAGGUAAGGUGUCACUAACGUGACCCUGAAGACUUAAAUUCAUGAAUUAAAUGAUAAUUUCUAACCGAUUGGAGGAGAUGCGUGAUGCACUUGGAUUGGGCAGCAAAAGGAAGGAUUCAGAGGUUGCUACACAAUUUAUAGCCACUUUGAAGCAUCACGGUUGUUAAUUAUCUUAUAUAUAUUGUUAAGUUUCUGCAACGAUUUUGUUUUGUAUUUGUAAAUGAAGUAUGUAAUUGUGAUUUGCGUUUAUCUAAUGUACA